UUCAUUUGUGUGACCAGAUACUAUCUGGGGCAGUCUCCUUCCUCUGAAUAGUUCGUGAAGUUGUGUUUUUUUUUCUCUCUCUCUGGAGCUCCAUCGUUCAGUGGCCAGGUCCCGGGUAAAAAUAAGCCGCUCGCCAUCGCCCGCUGCACCUUCUGCCCGGGGGACAGCAUGUAAACCACAUUAAACUUCGCUGUCAAAAUACACUCGUUCUAGACUGUUCAGAGCACAAGGAACGAUGGCAACACGUCGGACCAGUGACCCACACGCGGGGUAAGGAGCGGUGCUUAAUACUCAAACCCUGUUCGGAAUCCAACGUCGCACGUUCCUUCUAAAACAACCACCUGAAUUCCUUCUGAUCCGAAAAUCGAACUGAAUCAACUUUGGCCAGGACAUAAGAACUUGCUUUUCUUUCUUCAAAAUAUCACCACAGGAUGUUCUACAGUCACAGAAAGAACAAACCUCUGGAGCCUCAGUAACGCAUCACAUCCAAAAGAAGGCACCUCCAAAAAUACAGCAUUCUUUUGGCAGCGCUUGAUGGAAUAGAUUGCGCAUCCCUGUCUGAGUCAAGCUUGCAACCUGCUGAAACACCGCGAGUGAAGCCACUAUGUGGAGCUGUGUGGGUUCCAACACGACAGUGAAUGGUCUAGACCAGCAGUUCUGCUAUGACCUUGAACUGAUCCUUUUCAUCCUCUCCGUCAUUUACCUCAUCAUUUGCUUUCCUUUUAGCAUCUGUUAUAAUUCCCUGCUGGUUCUAGUCAAUCUGUACAACAAACCAUCAAUGACCAUGCCUGAUGUUUACUUCGUCAACAUAGCGAUUGCAGGCCUCAUCCUCAGCCUAGUGGCACUGAUCCAACUGCUAGGCCCGGACAAUCCACAGUGGGCCAUCUGGAACUUUAACAGAGAAGUCUACAUCACCUUGCUGAUCUUGUUCAAUAUCUCAGCUCUGGUCACCAUGUACUCGACCACUUUGCUCAGUUUGGACUACUACAUUGAGCAAGCUUUGCCAAGAACCUACAUGUCCAGCGUCUACAACACCAAACACGUCUGCGGGUUCAUCUGGGGUGGGGCUGUACUGACCAGCUUUUCAUCUCUGCUGCUUUAUGUGUGCAGCCAUGUUCCCAAGAUAAUCGAGUGCUCAAAAAUACAGAACAAAGAGGUGGCAGACACCAUCAUGGUCUUUAUUGGCUUCUUUGUGCCAGCUGUAGCAGUAAUCUAUGCCUUAAUAUUGAUUUUUCAAAUUCGGAACCAGUCAACCCCUCUAGAUCAAGAUCCUGCGAGGCUAGAUCCUUCUAUACACCCGCUGGUAGUGGCCACAGUCUGUACGCAUCUUGUAUUGUGGGCUCCUUAUUACAUGACACUACUAAUGCAAAUUGCCUUUAAACCAAAAGGAUCAGACUUAGUAACCCAAUAUCAAAUCUACUAUUUUGUUAAGGUCUUGUCAAAGCUGUUGGCAUAUUCGUGCAGCUUUGUUGUACCACUGCUUUACACUUAUAUGCACAAGAACUUCACCAGUAAACUGAGGCAAUUAGUCAGAAGUCUGGACUGUCAGACUGAAGUCUGUUUGGCCCAGCACUCAGAAGGACACCAACAAGUUCUGUAAGCUGAGGUUUCUUCAAAUGUAUGGAUGGUGCAUGGCUUCACAAAUCAAGACCAAACAAAAAAAUGUCCACCCUGGUACCAAGAGCAGAAACCCUGCCAACUGACUUUAGCUAUUUCUUGGGUCUUGUAGACAAAAGGGAUCCAAAAAUCAUUCCAUGGUAGAAUAUCACACUGGCUUUUAUUAACUAAUUCUUUAAAUUUGUUGUCAAACCCAGCAUGGAAUAUAUUGUCAGGCGUUUAUUGACACCAGAAAUUGUGUCAACGUUGAAUGGAUUGGCAUGCAAGCAAUGAAAACAAACUUUCAAAAGGUUAGUACGGAUCAAACCUAAUUGAAGCUAUUUUUUGGGUGAGUAACAAACAAAAAUAAUUGUAGGCAGUAUUUGAGUCCAGAUCUAGCCUACAUGCUUCAAAGCUACAGCCAACAGCUGACUAUUCACAGAGGCCAAAUUUGUUUCCAUGCUAAACUAAUUGGAUCGUACAAGCUGUGAAGUCUAAACUCUCUGUUCUGAAUGUUAUUUAAAAAGCUGACCAAAUGAAUGGACUUUUUAAUGUGCUUGGAAGGACAUUGCAUCAAAUUUUAAAACAUAAGAACCACCCAGAAAACACCAGCAAUUGACUUUUAACAAGACUGUGGGCUUUUUAAAUUGCUGGGGAAACGUUAGCUUGUUUUGACAUUUAAAGGACUGGUCACUAUUGGCAAAGGGGUGAAUGUGAAUCUGCACAAGCGUCUUCUAACAAAAUCCAUGUAAACUGUGAUCAGCUUCAGAUUCACAGCAUUAUCACCUCUAACUGCUUGUAUUUUAUCCAUUAAAAUGUGCAACCUCACUAACUAAUUUGUGUUACAAUUUUGAUUUUAUAGAUAUAUAAAUAAUUGCACAAUUGCUGGAUCAAACAACAAUAUAAAAUAGUCUCACGCUAUUUAUUGUCUUCACUUUGUAAAUAAAUAAAGAUAUAUCUAAGAAAUUUAUGUUUGGUAGCAUUGCUUAUUGAGAUGUUUUU